CUCUGCUGCAGAGAUUGGGAGGGAUCUUCACUCCUCCGCUACUGCAUGGAACUGCGAUGAGUCCCGGGAAGAACUUGUGCAAGACUGUCUUAAAUUCGUAUGUGGAGAAAUUACUGAAGGCACAGCAAAGUCUGGUGGUGUAUCUGGAAGACCCAGUUCCAUCUUGUGGACAUCCCUCUUGCACGGGAUUGGAGUGGCUAGCAGGAGUGUUCAGUGCUUUUCACCACCAUUCAAUACCAAAUGCGGUGCUGAUACCUGUGGGAGUGUCUUAUGAUCGUGUUGUGGAGAACAACAGCUUUGAGCAGAUGGGUACUAGAGGGACGACAAUCUUUGGAGCAGUUUGUUGGAUACUCAGAUUUCUACUCAAGCGAUACGGCUGCGUUCGAGUGGAUUUUGGGCAACCAUUUUCUUUGAAGGAUUACGUAGAAAAUGAUGGGAUUCACUUCCGUCCCCCUGCAGUGCCUCUACAGAGAAUCUUACUGCCAUACAUACUUGGAUACAGCUCUGACUCUGUGUUCUGCGAGAAGUCCCAGGACUGGCUUGUGAACGGUGAAGGUUGGACUCAACUCGACAAGCGACACCAAACACUAGUUGCUGAUCUGGGAAAGCACCUGAUUCACAAUGCGAGGUGCUGCUCCGCCAUCAUGUCGACUGCCAUCCUGGCCUCCCUGCUGCUCCACAAACACCCACAGGGUGCCUUCCUUACCACGUUGGCAAAGGAUUUCUGCUGGUUAAUGAAUGAAGUUCUUGCAAGGCAUUUUGAUGUGGGCUUCGCUGGAAAGCUCCAGGAUAUCGUGCUGCGUGCCCUGUUCUUGCUGAGAGACAGCGUGCUGAUCAGGAGCUUUUCACAGAGCAAUAUCAUUGUGAUACCAAAGACUACCAGCAAGGCUGUGCAGGAGCUCAGCUUGUACAGCAACACUAUCCUCCCCGUCUUUGUAUGUGAAGCUGUGGCUGCCUCUGCUUUAAAUUCCCUUUUGAAGGAAGCAGCAAAAUAUAUAACAGACCUGGACUCCAAUCUGGAAGUUAUAAUCAGUCAGGAGGAACUUAUCUGCAAAACUGUUCAGCUGUGUCAUUUAUUGCCCAGCGAAGUCCUACUUUUACCGCCCUGCCAGUCGGUGUACCAGUUUUCACAGGAAGCGGUGGACAAACUGACCUACUGUGAGAUUCUGGAGGAGGGUGAGAGCGGGGAGCAGGCCUGUGACGUUUGGCAGCGGUGGUUUACCAAGGAGCUGACGUGGAAGGUGACGGGUGACUUUGAUGACUGCGACAGUGAUUGUGAAGAAGAGAUCGUGAAGCGAUAUUUCAAGCUCGGCCGAAGCAGUGAGAGCCAUGCCUUCUUCCUCUUCCUCUGCAGCUUGCUGCAGUCUCUGCUGAAGGCCUAUGAGAUGGCAGCCGGUCUGCUCAACAAAGCCAGCUUUCCCAUCGAAGAGUCACAGCUUGUGCUGAGGAUGUUUGAUCUCAUACAGGCACAAGUACAGGACCAUCCUGGCAGUGUGGCACUGCACCUCGUUAACAGUGCGGUAAAAACCUUCAAGGAGUUAGGGGUUUUCAAAGUGGAGGCGGGAGUGAGAGAACCAUUGCUGGAACUCAGUGAAACUUUUCAGCAACUUGACAGUGGACUGAAGCUGCAACAAUAUAUUCAACAAUUCUGUUGAGUACAUCCUGCAAACAGCGUGGAAAGGAACUGCAGAGGCUGGUUAAAACCGAAGAUAAGACACAAUAAGCUGGAGUAAUUCAGCGGGUCAGGAGAAAAGGAAUAGGCAAUGUUUCAGGUCUUGGCCCAACAUGUCUCCAGAGAUGCGGCCUGACUCGAUGAGUUACUCCAGCUUGUUGUGUCUAUAUCCAUGCAAACAGUUGGAUUCUGUCAGAUGACAAGUUUGUCCCAGGAUCAUUUCUUAAAGGGGAGACUUCAGUUUGUAUCUAGAGUGCACUGGUACUUCCACGAAAGCCAAACCCCUCACAAUGUGUUUCAAGAACGGACAUGGUUAUUGUGGGUGUAGCAGAAAUCAAACUGCUGGACAAACUCUGGGUCAGGCAGCAUCUGGGGAGGGAAAUGG